CUUUCAUUUUUACCGCUAAGUGAAAUUGCAAGUAUCCCUGACUUUUUUCGUAAGGCACUGAGAACGCAGAAAGAGAUGUACCCUAGUUAGCCUUUUUAGACACAGGUAUACUUCAAAAAGUAAAACACAAUACACGUGAAAAGUCCUGUUGGCUCGUGUAGUCUGUAUUCAUACUUUACUAGCUACUAAAACAAUUAAAGCUUGAUUAUGAUACUGACUUGUUAAUUGAAUGGUUAACAAUCACUUAUUGCAGAAGCAGCAAUGACCAUUGGGCUAGCAUAUCAGAACUACACUACAAACUGAAGAGGAUGUCAAAACAUAGCUUAGAAGAGGGCACAGAGGAGGAGAUGAUAGAGAAAACAGGGGUCAUGUUUGCCGCUAUUAUCUUGUUUCUACAGACAGUCUGGGAAUACUGCCGUGUUGUCAAUAGACUUGACUUAGUGUCAGCUUCCUCUGGUUUAGUAUUUCCGUUAGUUCUCAUAGAGGACAGUGUGAAUGAAAAUCAUCAAAGCAGUGCAUCAAGCAACUCAGCUGGAGGAGGUAGCAAUAGUCCAGCACCAAAGAAGAAAAAAAGGAAACUGGCAUCUGGUAGGCCUGGCUCUCCUGGGAAAGAUGAUAGUAAGAACAAGCAACCUGCAAACAUUAUAAUAGACAAAAAUUGUGGUUCAGUCAGUCAAAACCUUUCAGAUGACUUCACUGUUUCUGUGGAGGCGUGGCAUCUUCUAAACACACACACCGACUAUAAAAACGAUUUUACACGUCUGUUAGAUGAGUGGGAAGUUGAUCAGUGGAACUGGAUGGGAACCUUUGAAGUGGACAGACUUAUUUAUAAGGUAGUACCAUUACAACCCCACUCAUUGCCUAACAUUCGCUCGCCGCCUACCUUGCACUUCAGUUUGAAAGUAAUUUUGCUCGUCAGAAAAACUAAAAAAACGAGAGCUGACAUCAUCUGCCUCUCAAAUAGCAUCUUCCAGGCGUUCAGUUAGUUGGCGCAAAGCGCGAAAAAAUGGCGGAGCGGAAAAAGGAAAGAGAGGCUUAAUGCGCCAUUUUUCGCGCUGCACUAACUGAAAGCUCAACUGUUUCCUGACUGUAGCGAUGACGGUGAAGCUAGGUAGAGUGUAGAUUCCGCAACAGAUGCUACCUCUCAAAGCGAAAGCUUUCGUCGACUCUCAAAAAGAAAUCUUUUAUACAAAGGUCCAUAAAAAUGGAACAUGAGAGCAAAACUUGUCAACUUUCAUUUUCUGUUGAUUCCAACUUUAACACGUCAUGCUGCUUUUGCUCAAGAUCAGUUGAACUAAACGUCAACAACUUUUUCACCUCUUUAUUGGGUUCCUCAUUGCUUGGCCAAUCAAAAGCAAAUACGUUUGGAGACGGACAUUUUUUUUUGGCCGCUUUUAACAAAAUAAACUACCCCAUACUUGCAUUGGGUAGUUAUUUAUCAAGCAGAAACCGUUAUUCAUCCUUUGUACAACCGCAACCGUACGCCACAAGGUGACAACUAUGUUACAAUUAUGG